GGACACAGAUCUCCCUGGGGACACAGAUCUCCCUGGGGGACACAGAUCUCCCCGGGGACACAGAUCUUCCUGGGGGACACAGAUCUCCCUGAGGGACACAGAUCUCCCUGGGGAACACAGAUCUCCCUGAGGAACACAGAUCUCCCUGACGGACACAGAUCUCCCCGGGGGACACAGAUCUCCCUGAGGGACACAGAUCUCCCUGAGGGACACAGAUCUCCCCUGGGGGACACAGAUCUCCCUGAGGGACACAGAUUUCCCGGGGGACACAGAUCUCCCUGAGGGACACAGAUCUCCCUGAGGGACACAGAUUUCCCGGGGGACACAGAUUUCCCUGAGGGACACAGAUCUCCCUGAGGGACACAGAUCUCCCUGAGGGACACAGAUCUCCCUGGAUCGCCGCUUCCCGCGGCGGGCCCGGCGUGUGAGGCGCCCCGUGCCGCCGCUAGAUGUCGCCGUUGCUCUUCGCCGGCUUCUCGGCGCCCACAGAGCGAAUUUCCAGCGAGCCGGGGGUAUUCCAUGGAAUCACGGGGUCUUCAUGCCUGGGAAAGGACCUGUGAGCCCGCCGAGUCCAGUCGUUCACCCAGCACAGCCAGGCUCAGCUAAUCCUGCUCAACUUUCACAUUAUAGAGGGACAAGGUGGAGUCUUGUACUUCUGUGAAAAGAUGUACAGUUUGCUGGCAUUUGCCCACUAUGAGGAAUAAGGAUGUGCACUCUAAAAAUAAAAAAGUGAAGAAAAAUCCAAAGUGAAGGAUCCUGGAGGAGCCCCUUGAGAGCUGAAAACCACCCUUUCCUGAUGUGAAAGACGGUUCAUUUACACUGCUUCUCGCGGGUCAGCAGUGCUGGAAGUUAAAAUGAACGUGUUGCCUCAAGCGGUCCUCCAAAGCCCGGGGGAACAUCCCAAGUUCGUAGAGCAGCCUCUUUGCCCCCCAUUAGACUUUGCAAGGAUUCAUUUGAUCAAAGACAAAGAUGCCAUAGAUGAUUAUUUGGCAAAGAAUAUCAAAGGAGUGUCAACACAAGAAGCUGCUGCUUACAGGAAUUCAUACAAGAAGAACAUCUGCAUAGACAUGCUGCGCCGGGGUUAUCACAAGUCCUUCACUGAGCUCCUCACUCUGAUCCAGAAGUGGAAUGCCUUCAGGGAGGCUGCAGGGCCUGGGUCAGCCAUAUGGCAUGAGAAGUCCCUGGAGGAGCAGCCUGAUAAGCUGGAUCAGCUUUACCACUUCCUGACCGGGGCUGAGGCAGCCCAGCGAGCAGGGCACUAUGAGAAGGCAUAUGAUAACCAGCUUAGCUUGGCCUGCUUUUUCAAUGACCCUGAGGACAAAUGGUUAAGUAACUACUUUUAUGAGCAAAGCUAUAACACUGCUCAAUUAGUAGAAAUUGAUGGCGGGAAGAGAAAAGCACAAGCAUAUUUAAACAUGGGCCUCAUCAAAGAGGAAGAAGGUCAUGUCAUGGAAGCUGCUGAGCAUUUUGAAACAUUUUAUCAGCUAACAGAGGGCUCAUCAUGGAAGGAUGAGACAGGCCGCACCUACACUUCACUGGCAUGUCAGCAUCUCUGGAGAAUUUAUACAUUGCUAGCAGACAAAAUGCUGGAAAAUAAAGAACACCAAGAGGCCAUCAAAAUGCUAAUAAAAGCUUUAAAAAUGGCAAAAGAAGGAGGUGAUAUAAGGACGCACGGAGAAGCAGCCUAUUGCUUAAGUCUAGCAUAUCAUUUUUCUGGAGAACAUGAGACAGCAUUAACAGUUUUGAACACCUCUGUAGAAAUCUUCACAACUCUUUGUGAUUCUUCUGGCCUGGGCAGAGCAUAUGCAGCUGUAGCCAAGAUCCUGGCAAGUCAGGGAAAAUCAAAUGAGUCUGUGAAGUACUUGGGAGAGUUUAUGAAGGAUGCUGAGAGCGCUAAUCUAAGCCAAAGCCUGGUGGAUGCAAAUGUCCUACUUGGAAAAGUUCACAAUGAACGAGGGAACUAUAACAAAGCUCUGGAAUAUUUCAUUCAGGCCUCUGAGGCAGCAAAAGCUUUGAACAAUUUGCCCUUGGUGGCUGAAACAGAGAGUUACUGUGGCAUCGCCAAGGCUCAUCAGCUGAUGGUGGCGUUCAACAGCCACGUAGCAGCAGCAGCCGAUCCCCUCAGCCUGCAGUGCCUGCUGGCAUGGAAGCAAAACAGAAGUGACAUGUGCACUGACCCUCUUCCAGCCGCUCCUCAGGUUGGCCAAGAGCGAGUUUGGCUUCUACCACAAGAGUAAGCAGACACCCUUUGCUCAGAAGUUUGCUUUAUCAGCAGGUUCCCCCAGGACUUGUCCUGUCUUUAGGAGACAGCAAAUACACAAAAGACAUGGUGUCAUAUUUUGGCCUUAAGAAAAUCCCUGGUUUUCUAUCUACAGUCGACAAUUUGUCCUGAUAGACCUGUUAUUUAAAAUUGAUAUUCAACAAAUGGUUUGUGCAAAAGAUGUCACAGAUGAAUGUAUAACAAUGCACAGAACUGAAAUAUGUAAGAUCAAGAGAGAAUGUGGAACCUGGCAAAGAGACAAGUGUCUCAAAGCCUCUGUGAGCCUCUGUCCAAGACACCAGUUCAAGACCUUCCUGAGGAUGCCUGCUUAUUGACGGAGAAGCUGAUGUAUAAUGAGUACUAGAAAAUCCUUGAAGAGUGGUGCAACAAAGUAGGAAUUUCAGCAAAGGUUUUGUCAUUAAAAUGCUAUUAUCAAAAAAAGCAUCUGUAAUUUAAAUAAAUUUUUUAAAAAGACAAAGAGUAGUAGAAUAGAAAGUUUUUACUUUGUGCACCCAUUUCUUAAUGUCUUCCAAAGUGUCAAAAUCCUCCUGUUAAGAUAUUAAACAUGAAUGGGAAUCCAAGAUGCUCAAUGCCUUGUAAGACCAGGCUCCAAAUGUGUCUGGAGAGUUUUCUGUAAAUCCCAGAUUGUGGUCCCUUUCAGAAAAACUUAUUCAUAGAGCUACCAGUGAUUUUAGCAUGUGUGAAUUGGUUGGGGUUCAGCUGUAGCUGAAACAGAAUAGAUCC